AUGACGACCCUCAAAAGAAAACGAGUUAAAAUUCAAAAACAAUCAAAUGAAACAAAUUUCUUGGAAGAAGUUGAAGAAAAGACAUCAGCUCGUAAAGCUCCAAGAACUCGUAGUAGAAAAGAAGUUAUUAAAAAGCCAGUGACAGUAGGACGUAAAGCUCGUGAGAAAGAAGUCAGAGAAAAACAAAUAGUAGUAAAUGUGAAUGUAAGUAAUGAUGAAAUUCCAAAAACCCGUGGGAAAGGAACACGAUUGAAGAGAAAUAAUAUCCAGGAUGAAAAUGAUGAAGAAAAUCUAUUAGAAGAUGAACACGAAGAAGAUGGUAAAAAGGAUGAAGAUGAAGAAUAUCGAUUAGAAGAUGAUGAAAACGAUGAUGAUGAUGAUGAAUAUUUAGAUGAUGAAAAGGAGAAAGAAACAUUUUAUUCAGAUUCAUCGUCAGAAUUAAUUGCACACAAAAAGCCAUAUUACGGAGGUCGUAAAAAACUUCCGCAACGUGCUGCAACUACACAAAAAAUUGAUUAUUCUGUUAAUCAUUAUUAUCAUGAGUUUCAAGAUUUUUUCUAUACCAGAUUAGAUGAUGAUGAUAACGACGAACCUAAAAGGAAAAAAUCUUUAUCUAUGCCGGCAAGAGAAAGAUCUUCUGAUAAUGAUUAUUUUGACAUUUCAUCUCAAGAUGAUGAAAAAAAUCUUAAAUCUACUCCUAAGAGACCUCGUAGAAAAAAGUUACCUCAACGUGGAUCAAAAGAAAAAAACAUUGAUUAUUCCGAAAAUACGUAUUACAGGAAAUUUGAUUCUGCUAUGAAUGCUAGGUUUUGGUCGGAUAAAUUAUCAAAUGAUGAAAAAGAUGCAAGUGAUACUGAAAUUCGUAGUAAUAAUUACAAGAAAACCCAAAUAUCAUCUGCUAUACCAAGUACACCUACAUCUAAUAAACUCAGUUGA